UAGUUGGUUGCUUGCGUAUCUUAGGGCUUACUUAGCAGUAUGACUGCGAAUAAGUCCCCAGAGGAGAAUGCGUAUCCCCGGAAAGGGGUAUGUAUAGCCUAUAACGGGCAAUUCCUGGAAACCCAGAUUUAAAGCUAAUAGAUGGGUAAGCUUAUGUUUAGUUUUGUGAACUCCGAUAGCUAGUGUUAUUUGCUGAUGUGCUCUUCUCAGGUUGACUUAAUUAUAAAAAUCAUACGACUGUGCUACAUGCCCUUAAGCCAACGAGCAUGAACGCCGAGGAAGCUCUGAGCUCUGUUACUCUGCCUCCCUGGCUGGUGUGUAGUCAAACCAUCUACCACAGUUGUAGCUUACGUCGAUGUUGGCUCAGGAGAUCGAUUAUGUCAUUUCUCAAAUUAGCCUUUUAUACCCUAAGUCCAUCGACUGAAAGUGAGUCUAUCGCAAGGUCUCUCGCGUCCUCACGCCACCACCACGACUUGAUAAUGGCCGCUAACCGCUCUUUUUAGCCGAUUAAAAAGUAAUGAUGCAAUAUUUACCCAAAAAUAUAUGAUAUGCAUAGUCUCACUCGCUGAUGGCCGGUUUUCAAGGCUCGCCAGCCAUCUCAAAUGGCUCAGCUAUUCCAGCUCAUUCAAGAAACACGGAAAUAGCCAUUUAGCUGUGCGGCAACUAUGCUGGGGCUAGCAUCUCCUGAGUCUUCUGCUGACUCUGUAUUCCUGUGGUAUGACGGUGACAACUCUUCGUUCGAGUCCAAAACGUCAUAGCAGGACAACUCUUCGAUGAGGACAUAAUAUGGUUCUACUGUACCAUGGUUGUGUAGGUAUGACUCUCAUCUGCACUAUAAAAGCCCUCAAACACUCCUUUCGCCCCCCAAUUCAUCUUUUUCUCUUCAUCUCCUCACCAACAACUUCUACAUCCUGCAGACAUACUUGACUGUCCACGCUCGUGCCCUACACCAAGAGCAUAUCCUCGAAUAUAUAAAUUUUAUACAUUCAUACAUUCUCCAAGGUAUGCUGGCAUCAUAUAUUCACUCACACAAUCCUCUUGUCUGUGUUUCUAACAUUAACCUCGUUGCAGAUCCAGCAAGCCAAAAUGGGUGCUGGACUCAAGCCAAAGGAGAAGGACUAUCGCCUACCCUUCCACAAUGCGAUAGCAAUUUUCAACGAGAAGACUGGCAGAUACGAGCCAGUCGCCCCAGCCGCCAAACCUAAGAAGGCGGCCACCACCAUCGGGGCUGUUCCUCAGCCCAAACCGCGGCCAACAAAAGUCCAGAAGGCCGCAAAGCCAGCGAAGACCGCCUUGUUUCCCAAUCUCUUACUCGGCAAAGAUGGAAAACUUGGUCCAAAGCCUUUCGUCAUUCGAAAGGUGAGGCUGCCAGAGCCACAGCCUCCAACUCUUGCCCCAGCCAAACACAAGUAA